GUCGUUUGUGUUUGGAAGUCGAAGUCAGUGAGCUGAGCGCAGGAAAAUCAAAGAAAACGUUCGAAUUCGAGCGCCAGGGGCUCGGACGUAUGGACAGCCGCCUCACCCGCACACUUUCACGGUCGGUGCACGUUGACCAUGAGUGCUGCUCAAUGGUUUGUCUUGUUCAGUUUCACUGUCGGUGCUGAGCGUUUGCGCCGACUGUUCGUGCCGCUUCUUCGUUCCUUGUAUUGCUUUAUUAGUUUUCGGCGGCCCCUUCUUGUUCUCCCCCCUCGUUCGCCUGUCUGUCGACUGUAUUUACGCACCCGGUAAUCGAAUUAUUAUUUUAUCGUGCCUGCUUAUUUGGUGAAUCGGUGCUGCCGAACAGCCAGGCUUCCCUGUGCAGGCCUGCAUAAAGACGGCGUCGGCGUGGCACCUCGUAAUGCUCCGAGAAUUGAGCGGCGUGGCUCCCCCGUCCGGAUGGAGUUUGUACCUUCUAAAGUGUUGAAUUCGGGUCCGCAUUGCCCGCGUGUGGUUGCUGCCCGCCCUGUGCCCAGUUCAACGGGCAGGUCUCCGAGUCUCCUUCUUUAGGGUGGGCUUACAAAGGAGAAGAAGACUGAAAUCCCAGUACAAAACUCCAAAUUACCAGUCCGACGAGGGGCUGAGCCCAGGCCUUCGCAGGGAGCUGUUGACAUGGCGUGGUAAACGAGGCACCAGUCGGUCUUCAUGUAGCGCCUUUCACACCGAGGUGAAUAAAGGCGAGUAUUGGGGGUCCCCGUUUGAGUGCUUGGCACAGACUGCAGUGUAGCCCCCGGUGGGUUUGCUCCCAGCAUGCACUGCAGUGACAGUGUCAGUCAGUCAGUCGGGCCUUUGCCACGGGGUGGGGAGCCGUGCCCAGUUGGCUUUGUUCCUCGUCUUUCUGGUGCCGAUUGGCAGCUGCGUGUCGUGCCACACGUCCCAUGCCACACGUCCCGUGACGACUCUUGGAGGGAGUUUGCGGUGGGCCGGGAGACGUUGCUGUCAGAGAUGCCCCACUGCCGGGUCCGUCUUGUUAUGCGGGACCCCAGAGAGUGGCGCUGACAGGACGUGGGUGUUUGAGCGGGUCGCUGCGAUUAGGCGAGUGCCAGGAGCUGCUGGCGCCCCUUUAUUUAUGCUCGGGUGUGCUGACCGUUGGAGGGACCCUCGGCCUGAAGUGCUCAUGUUUGAUGUGACGAUGGCCGGGACCACCGUUUGUGUUCUUCUUCCCGCAGAUGUGAUCUCGCGUGAGCGGCAGGUCGAGAGCCAAGAUGGAGAACUCGGACGACGAAUUUGCUGAUCUCAGCAGCCGUUUGUUAAAGAGAAAUAAAAAGCAGGAAGGGAAUGGGAAUGCCAGCCACACAGCGGAGGAGAAGUGCAGGGUGGCCAGGAAGACCAAGAGGACCGCCAAGGCAGGACCUCCAGAUAAGCCUCCGAGCGUCCAGCCGCACAGUCCCAGCGGGCAUCGGCCGGAAAGCCGUGGCGUCUUAGGUGCAGGACCCCGAGUGAAGGACCUCGUGCUGCAGAGGAUGCAGAAGUUCAGGAGGCCAAAGCCAGAGAAGCUGACGGCGGAGGGCGAGUCUCCGGGCACAAGUCAGCAGAGCGAUGAGGCCCUGGCCCGAGCGAUCCAGAAGAUCCUGGACAUGGAAGGCACGGAGGACGGUGGGCAGAGUCUCGAGGGUCUCUUCUGCCACAUCUGCCAGAAGGACCUGUCGGCCAUGAACUGCACGCGCCGAGCUCAGCACAUAAACAGGUGUCUCGAUCAGAGCGAAGCAAAGCCGGCGAUCCCGGGGUGUCCCAUCUGUGGAAGACGAUUCACUUCUUUGAAAAGCCGCGCGGCCCACCUGAAGAGCUGCGCCACAGCGAUGGCGGUCCCGACGUCGGCCUUGAUCGAGGCUGUGCAGCAACAGGCCAAGGAGCGGCUGAGCGGCGGCACCAGAGAGGGUCUUACAGGUGGUCAGGUCAAAAGAAAGGGCACAACGGGCAUCCGACGGCCGACAAAGAAGAUGAAAAGAAAAGAGGAGCCAAUGGACGAGAACACGAUGGUGGCGCUGGCGUUGUCGCGCUCGCUGAUGGAGCAGGACAUGGCACCGGCAAUCGACGGGCAGCUGCCCACCACAAAGCUGUGGAAGCCUCUGGAUAGUGCAGAUAAGAAGCCGCGUAAAAAGCGCCCGGCGGCGGCAGCGCCACCUCCCUUACUGCUGACACGAGAUCCAGAAGAAGCGUUCCGGAGAAUCCAAGAGCGAGCGACGGCUUUACUCCUCCGUGAGAGGGCACAAAUCAACAGCACCCCGCCACUGCCUGCCAGUCACGUGUCCUGGGACCAUGGGAAGAGCCGCCUGUGGGAUCGGAGUGCCUUAAGUGGCCAUGGUGGUCUUCAGGAUUUCUAUACCACUACGCUGCUGCCAGCGGUCAGGCCAUGGAGCUCAGUCCAGCGUCAAACGGAAGAUGACGUGAAAGGAGCGGGUGGCAGUGAUGCCAGUGCAGAAUGUGGUGUGGCACCCGCCACUGGCCUUGGGGGCCCUGAAGGCCUCGUGACUGACCCUCCUUAUCCAUUCGCUCACCAAACUGUUUGCGCCAGUCAGAGUUCACAGAGCCAGCAAGCCCUGCGUGACCUGAUGGAGCUCGCCGAGGAAGGGCUCAGCUUGAGCCAGGGGGACCCGAGCGUAUUUGCCCGGAGGUUGGGCGCCUCCUCGGGGAGCUCAGGUCGGGACGCCGGGCCUUCUGUCAAGCUGACGUCACAUCCGGGGGCUUCCUGUGCCCGUCGAGGCUCUCAGGACUUGUUGGCGCUGCGUAAGCUGGCUUCGGACCUCGGUGGGAUGAUCAACAACCCUCAGCUGAGUGACGUCCAGUUCCAGACGGACUGUGGUGGGCUGCUGUUUGGCCACUUGUUCCUGCUGUACGCACGAUGCCCGAAGCUGGUUGAGGCGGUUAACGAAGACGGAUUCUUGGUGGAAGAGGAGGGUCUGCCGCAGUCGAGACGCCUUUUGUUAAGCGGGGUCUCUGUGGACGCCAUGAGGGACUUCCUCGCUUACCUGUACACCGCCCAGGUCUCCAUCGGCAGGACCACCCUUGAUGAGCUGAGGGGGCUCGCUGUCAGGUUCGGCGUGGAUGACCUCCUGGAUUUGUGUGCAGCCUUGGCCGCUGGAGGAGGAGAUGACGAUGACGAAGAAGAAGAAGUAGUAGUGCCGGAGGUGUCCAUGCAUGAGGAGGAGGACGAGGAGCCUCGACGUGACUGUGAAUGUGGAGAGGAGAACUUCAGGGAGCUGCUGCGCUCCAUGUGGGUGAAUGAUGAUGAUGAUGAUGAUGACCGUGAGUCAUGUGACCUUUAUGGCCGGCCUAAGCCGGACACGAUCACUGAAGAGGAAGACCAUCGGGACAAUGAGCGGGUGAAUGACGAGGAGCUGGAAGAGAUCUACGAGUUUGCUUUGACGCAGCGCAAGACGAUGGGCACGUUGGCAGUUAGUGACGAAGAGGACGGAGUGCCGAGUAAAAUCUGUGAGGGCAAUGAAGAGCCACGUCAAGGAAAAUCUCCAGCCGAAAAUGAACUACGGCUGCUGACUUUGGAGCUCAGUCUGAGCUUAGAAGAUGGCUGCCAAGGCCCGAGCGGGCACAUUCAGCCGAGCCCAGAGGAAGGGCUGUGCCGCCUGACCAGUGCUGAAGUGUCCCUCGCGGGCGCCAAUCGCAGCUCUUCAGGUGGCGCUGAUGGGGACCAAAGCCAUGAGGGGCCCGUCCAGGAGUCGUCACGUUCUGAGGCUCGAGACAAGUUCAGCUCCCGCACCCCUGCCAGGCCUGGCGAGGACUCGAUGCCCGGCAGUCGGGCGUCAUCGCUCGUAGAUCUUUCCGGUGGCUCCCCUUUAAGUCUGCCGGUGUUAGGCCUCUCACCCGUGACUCCGCCGAAACCGGGCGAGCGUUCAGCAGCUGCCAAAACACGAAUAGGCGACAGUCCGGUGAUGCCCACAAACACACGAGUGCCGCUCUUCAGCAUCUGUUCCAGCCCGGUAACUAAAGCGAAGCCCCCUAGCAACACCGAAGGCCCGCCGUCCCCGUUACGUUUCAAGCUGGGAUGCCCGACUUCCCCAAUCGCUAGCCGUGGCAUGAGGUCGACGUGGAGCCUGUCUGUGCCCUCAGAAGAUGAAGUAAUUGUCCUGUCCGACUCGGAUGAAGAGGCAGAGGAUGGCAAAGAGCGGCAGGGGUCCAAAUCCAACUCUCCAGUGCUGAAAGUCCAACAGCGAGACGACGAAAGCCGCAGCACGUGGACCCCCGAGCGGCCACAGGCCGGUGUAUGGAUGAGAGAGAGCCAGUCGGGCAGCAGGCGGAGUGGCGCAACCGAUGCCAGCCUCGGUGACAACACCAGUGUUGAUACCUCCUGGCUGAUCCCAGCCACUCCGGUGCCCACCACCGCCAGAGCAGUCCAGUGGUCUGCGAGGGCACCGAGUUUACUGAAGAGCUCUGCUGACGUGACGGGACACGGCUCGGUGUGGGCAAGGGGAUGCGAGGUGGGCCGAGAGUGCCCCGUUCAGCAAUCUCCAUCUGGUGACCACUUGGACACAAACAAUGGCAGCUCAUGUGGCACCUCGGAGGGUAGACACAUAACCAAUGUGACACUUGGAAGUAGGGCGACGUUGGCAGAAUCUCGACGCACGAUGAACUCGUCCAGCAUAGGAGAAGACGAAGGACCAGCAGGCUGCAAAAACUGUCACGCCAGUGAAAGUCCAGAGGUCUUCGAGGCCGAUUGUGACAACGAUGGCCGCUGGCAGACUUGUGGGGAGGCCCAAGCAGAAAGCCCACCGGUGCAGAACGCCAUGGAAGAGGCGGAUGAGAGCUUCUGUCUGAUUGGCGAGCCCCCUCUGCCCUUUGACGAUGAUGGUGGCUGGGACGCCAGCGAGGGCCUGGGCAACGUGGACGAUGGCACCCCGAGUAGUCGCUACAGCGAGGAGGAAAGAGUGGGGGCUCUCGGCGUGAGGAGGUCACCUGCCAGGGGCGAUGCCAGGCUUUGGGAGGAAGAGUCUUCUCCGGUGCUCCUGCCGCUGUCCCAAAGGCUGGCAGCCAGUGCACCCAAUCAACUGCUCAAGAUGCCAGCUGUUGUUAAGAAGUCGGUGCCAAGAGGGGCAGUUGUGCCCAUCACUCCGAUGCCUGCCUAUGCACACAUGGAAACCCCAGAACUGAAGGCACAGCUCGGCAGGUUUGGAGUUCGUCCUUUGCCAAAGCGGCAGAUGAUCCUGAAGCUGCGGGAGAUCCACCAGUACACACACCAGGUGGUCAGCUCCGACUCUGAAGACGAGGCCGUGGCACGGAGGCCCACCGCAAGAAGCCAUGCCCCUCCAAACCCACCCCCUCUCGGCGAGGGACAACGGCCCACCAGCACACAAGAGCAGGGACAUCCCGAGACGGAGUCUGAGUCCCUGGCGCCAUCCCAGGCUUCACACAGCGACGAAUCCUUCUCCUCCCAAAGGUCCAACCCCGAGGCGCUGGAGCCCUCUGAUGAUGAUGACGACGACGAGGCUGUGCCCCCAUCUCAGGUGGCAGCACGGGAGGCAGAGAAGAUGGCGGCUGUGAAGAAGUUGAUCCUGUCGAACCCUGACCUGCACCGCCAAGUGCUGCUCUAUGAGCCACUGGUGCUGUGCCAGCUGCAGGCCCACCUGAAGGAGGCCGGGGUCCGGCUGGGGGCUGCCAAGCUGCUCGAUUUCUUGGACUCUCACUGCAUCACCUUCACCACGGCAAAGCCGCACAGGCGCCAGCGGGGAACCAAGAAGAGCAAGGGGCCGCUGCCCAAGAAGGGGGGCCGUGCUGUGUCCUGACUGGCGUUUUAUUUAUUGGGGACAAAUGUACUCAAAAUAUAGUUUUGUAUUUUAAUUGA